CUUGCCGGAAAUUUCACGCCGUACGCUUUUUGCACAGCUUUCAUAUUUCGGCUGUUCUCUAUCUCUUUCGUAAUGUGCUUGGCAUUUGUUAAGUUUCUAUCAUAAAAUUGACAAUUCUUGCUACAGGAUCGCUAAAAAAGUGUGAUGGAGAGAGGUUCAGAUGAUACGCAGCAACCCUCUUUGUGCCGCAUGGGCUGCGGAUUUUAUGGCUGUUCCUCAACUGAUGGUAUGUGUUCAAAAUGUUUUAAAGAUGCUUUAAGGCGAAAGCAAUCUUCACCAACAACCAGUGCAGCAGCUGUUGUAUCGAGUUCCUCAACAGGAUUGCCUGAGGAGCCAUGUACCUCUCACCUCCCUCCAACUGAAGAUAGUGUAACAACGGAAGUGAGUCCUUCAUCUUCCAAUAGUAGUGUUGGAGAAGAAAAUAAUAGUUUAAGACAACCAGAGGCACAAGCUGAGGCAUCUUCGUCUGAUAGCAAGGACAAAGCUAAAACCAAAAGGAAUAGAUGUUUUAUGUGUCGGAAAAAAGUAGGAUUAACAGGAUUUGAAUGCAGAUGUGGGAAUGUCUAUUGUGGCCUCCACAGAUAUUCUGAUAAACAUGACUGCAGUUUUGACUACAAAGCUGAUGGCAGGGCAAAGAUAUCAAAAGACAAUCCUGUCAUUGUUGGCUCAAAGAUUCAGAAAAUUUAAGCUAUUGAGAACUUAAGUAGGAAUGCCCAAGUGAAAGGGAAUGAUCAGCUGCUACAUUAAUUUGAAAUGUAACUGAUUUUAUUUCUCAAAAGACAGUCCUUGGAUGUGAGUAAAUGUGACUAAAGUGCAUGAUUGUUUGUAUAAGAGGUAUCUUGUAGCAUGUUUGUGGAGUCAAAUACAGUGUUGGGUGACUUGUUUAACUGUGAUUUUUCAUUUUCUAAAGCUCUCCCUCUAAUUACUUCUUGUUCAGCAGUUUUGAGAGUCAUGUCAUGUUACAGAUUUAAUCUUGGUAUUAACUAUCAUGCUCAAGUUUAGGUUUUUAUUUAGGAGACCUAAUGAAGGUACUUAUCAAUUACAUGAUUUUUUCUCAAUGUAAGUAAAGUAGAAACCUUUUCUUAAAUAUCAUCAAGUCCAGUUUAUUUUUGUCUGUAUACUAAACAGGAAAUUACAAUCUCAUAGUGUGCUUGAAUUUCUUCAAUCCUUCUACUAUGUUUCAGUUCCUUGUGUAACGGGUAUAUAUUUCUCUAUUCAAGAUUCGAGCAUUCCCUUAUCUUCUUUGUAGUUAUGAUAUAUAUCCUUGUUGUUCUUCCCAAAAUGCUUGUUUUGUAUUUGUUUUGCUGAAUUAUUGAAAUGAAAUUUAUUGCAGCGUAACUCCUUAUAAGAUAUGCCAGGUUCCUGCAAGGACUUAAAUCUGUCGGUAGGCAAGGCAUAGGGAACUUUUGAGCUACUUUCAGGAAUUUUGAACAGCAGUAUUCCUAUGGAAUUUUUUCUGCAUAGGUGGCUAUAAUUAAAAACUAGAAAUUGGCAGUAGAGGGUAUCCUUAAUAGUGGGUGAACUGUGUAAAAUACAAAAACAGUGAAUUCAUUUGGGAUAUUCUUUGUGUAGCCUAAGCAUUAAAACAGAUAGUAUUGACUAUUAAUUUUUAUCUCAGUGGUACAGUAAUGUAGACAUGUUUUUUUUUGUUUUUUAGCCACACUAUAACCUGAGUCUAACAUAUUGCGUAUUCUUUAUCACAACAUGUCUUUUGCAUUACUGCUUGGCUGUAUAUGUAGCAUUAGGUUUAGGUAAAUAUUUGUUAGUCAAUUCAUUGUGCAUUCCUAUGUGUGAACGUAUUCACAGCAGAGGUUUAAAAUGUGGAUACUAGUUAGUGCCUACAAUGGUAGCAUCCUGACCUCGUGGAGUCGAGGGCAGGGAAUAAGACAUCUACUGGAAGCUCAUAGUACACCACUUCCCAAUUAAAAGCAAGACUUUUGGAAAAAUUCAGCUCCACUGAGUUAUUACUUUUGGAGUUUUUGGAAAGGAACACGUCCCUCACGGAAGCUUUCAUGUCGUUCUGUACAACAAAAUUUGAUUCUUCUGUCCUUCUAAUCCUAAACAUUUUUUUAGACAAAAAGUAAAAGAAAAAAAAAUCAUCUGACAAUUGAGGUUGAUUGUGUAGCUGGUGUACUCUCAGCUCACUGUAAGUGAUAGCACAGUAACUAAACCUCACCCUGGUGAAGUCUUGUUUGUUGACCUUUGUGACAUGUACUUUUUUGAGUAACUUAGUUUUCCUCUCUCAGUUUAGCAAGUGAUCAUUCAGUCGAUUAAUGGCAUUAAUUUCUUUCACUUUUUGCACCAGCAAAAAGUUCUUUUCUAUAGGAUUAGUUAGUUGCUCGCAAGGUGAUAAAAAUAUUUAAUGAGUCGCAAAAUUUGGAAGAUUUUGAUUUUUUUUUUUUUCCUGAAUCGUCACUUGGGUUUCUUUGUAUUAUAUAAUAUUGUUAAAGAGAAUUUCAAGUUUGAUCAAGUUCACGCAUCGGAAUGUCACAGUGUUGGGUGGGGCCGGGUAAAGAAAGCUAUCUACAGAUAUCGAUAUUUUGUACAGUACUUAGUGAUAAAAUAAUUGCAACUAACAUAACAAUGAGAUAUUGUAAGUAUGUAAUGUAACACAAAAUGAUGACAUUGAAAAGUCCACGGAUUUUCGUAUUAUAUUAUGCAGUGUAAAAAAUGGUAAUUAUGGCUACAUUUAUGUGAUAGCUUUGAAAAGAGUUGUUGUUAAUGUGUUGGCUAUUAAGACAGUUUCAGUUGCAGCAUUGUGUGUUUUUUCUCACGGGUUGUGUAAUGCAAGCUUUUCUCUGUUGUCAAAUUAUAAUAAAUUUCUCAUUGCUAUAUCAGUAAA